AUGGCGUCCUCGCAGGCGCCGUCGGGGGCGGAAGGCAGCAACGUGCGGCAAUUCCAGUUGGGAAAGGAAAGCGAGCUCAGGGUGGAGACACGGGACGACAGCCGGCUCCGUCUCAGACUGGUGUCUGGCACGGCAGAGAUCUUUGGGACAGAACUUCCGCCGGAGAACUGGCUUUCCUUCCCUCCGAGUCACAAAUUCGCGGUACAUGACUUAUCCUGUUGUGCUCUGUCCUGCAAGUUCUCUUUGACUGCGACACGUGUUUGCAAUAAUCUCUAUGAAUAAAAGAAUGCUUUUUCUCCUAACAAAAAUCGAUGUUCGGGAUCACUAUUUGGUGGGAUUUUCUGCUGAAUCAUUGAAAAAGAGAUAACAGUCGAUAAAAAAACCUUCUUGGUUUAUAAGAAGAAAGUGGCUGAUUUUAUAUAUCUGUGUUCAAUUUCAUGUGUUCCAGUCAUUUAGGCAUUGUUGUUUGUUACCUAUCAGAAGUGGGGGGGGGUGGGGGAGGGGAGGUUGGGAUUUUGGUGGAAUCAUACCAUUGUGCCAGGCGCUACGUUGAGUGGCUAAUCUUUUUAUUUAGAAAUAAAAAUUAGUACAGCUCAACGCAUAUUAUUACGAGAUGAGAAAAAUGCUAAAGGAUAAGAAUUUGGCAUUCGGGCUAUACAAAACAAGGUUGGAAUUACUCACACUAGUGUGGGCACUGGUUUAUUCUGGGAAUUUAAAAGAAGAUUAGUCGGCACCAUCAUGCCAACUAGGAUCCUAAUACCAAUAGUUGAAUAUUGGCCGUCAUCCAUUUACCUCCUGUUGAAUGUUGAAGUCACCGAUACUGAUGAAAUAUUUGUGCAAUAUUUUUAAAAAUUAUGAUCAUUGGUUCUUAGAAUUGGAUCUCUUCAUAUCGGUUAACUUAUACACCUCUUUUUUUCCAGUAUUCCUCUUCUCUAAUCAUCUUGUGGAAAUGGAGACUGAAUGAAAAUGGAGACAUGGUGCUUCCAGCUAUGCCUCGUAAAUGUUCCUAAUCAGACCCUUUUAGUCAUAAUCAUCCUUUUUCUUGUGGUCCUGGUCAUCUUUUUGGGAUCAUACCAUUAUCUUCAUCGUCAUGUCUACGAGAUGGUGCUACAGUCUCCCUGUACAAUCCCUUGAUUUAUUUGCAUGUUUGAUACCUUGACUGUUACCAUUGUUUUUCAUUGUUAAAAGUUUCAUUUUUUUUACAUGUAGAAUAUCAGUGUGAUUGACCUGAAAACCUGAAAGGAUUGGGUGUCUAGAGAAUGCAGAGUUCUGCUCUUUAGGGGUACAAAAUACGACAUAUGGAUCUUCAAGGCUUAAAUCCGCUGGAUGCAUCUUAUGAUCACACGUAAAUGGUGUCUUGUGAAAUUUCUCUUUGCUUCUAUUCGAGCGUGGAAGGAGUCUAGGUUAUUCAAGAGGCCAUCUAUGUCCCCUUUCGCAUUGAAGUAUGUGGCCAACGAGUGUUAAUGGUUGCAUUUCUUGCCACAUAUGUCCUCCUACCUUUCGACCGAGCAAUCUCAAUUAAUGAUAGAAUAAUAUGAAUAAGUGAUUUUGUUCCAAUGUAUUUCUUAUGCUUUGGUGAGCAGGGCCAUAAGUUUUCCUUUCCUUUCAUUGUGGAUUGCCAUUUGACUUUGAACUUGCAUGUAAAGAUGAGCCAAAAAGAUCUCUCACUGGCCACUAUACUAUGUUGCGUCCAAUAUGUGUAUGCAGUACUCCUGCGUCCAUAUCUCCUUUCAGGGACCCGCUUUGAGGUUUUUUCGAUUUUCCUAUUCUUGUUGCAGGGACCCAUAUCUUCUCACAUGGGUUUUUGAUAUCCUUCUUUGUUUGUCAGUGCCAUUAAAGACAAAGUUUUGCUAGUUUUAGUUUUAUUGGGUAUGGCAUGCUUUCAUCUUUCCAUACAUCCAUUUCGACUUUCCUAGUUUGGUUAUUUUGAUAAUAUUUAACUAUGUUUUCUUACUAGUCCGACUUCCUUGCUCAGAAACUAAAUUAGUCUUUAUUUUAAUUUUCUUUGAUCUUCAUCCUCAAAUAAAUUGGAAUGCUUUGGUAACAGCUAUUCUGGAAACUACUUCCUGUUUUAGGCAAAUGAUUGAAAUCUUGUUGGAGGCAUCUCUAGUUGCAUUUUCUAUGGAGAAAGUCAUCAUGUUGAAUUUCUUAAGAUAUUCCUUUAUUCCCUAAUUCGGAUAGCACAUUUAUCCUUUAAAUAUGAAUUUUUUUAUUAAGAAGAUGAGACCCUUAUUGUUCUUCUCUGAUGUUUAAGUAUCUAUUCUGUUUUAUCUCUGCCUCUCCUCAUGACCAUGGUGCUUUUAUUGUGCGCUUCUUUUAGGGUUUAUCCUUUCUAUACAUAGAUUUAAAGGAGCCAACUGACCUAUAUUUUUGCAAUCUUGCAUAGGCUGACACCGAUUUAGAGGGAACUUUCCACAGCCAAAAUGGAAUGUCCUCCAAACUAAAAGACAAUAGCUAUGUCUAUCUAUAUAUUUUCAUAUUUUCAUAUUUUUGCAUAUCUGCGGUUAUGUAUGUAUGGUAAAUUAAGAUCUAGGGACUUGGCACAUUGCAUAAAAUUAUAUUUAUAUAUAAUCCCUCUCAUAAUUAUCUUGUAAGACUUAGUCUGCUCAGACAAAUGAAGUUAUUUUUUUUUUCUUUCAUUUGUAUUUCCAUGAAAAAUGAACAGGUAUUUCUCUCUGGAAGAGAAAAGGGGUACCACUAUGAUUGAAGGGCCGUCCUGAUUCUUUUCUUUUGUCUCGUUUAUCAGUAUUGAUACAUGGACAAGAAAUAACUGUCCAGAAAAAAAGACGUUCCAAUAUUUUUGGAGCCAAAUCUAAGAAGAGUAUUCAAUCACCUCUCAUAUGUAGACUUCUCUUGCAGAGAUAUAGUUUGGCACCUUCUCUUCCCACAUAAUACUCAGUACUCAUAUUUCAGGUUUUCACUUGGCAUGGGGCGACAAUUGAAUUGGAUGGAAAGAGUGAACUAUAUGUGGCAGAUGAGGUAUUAUAUUGCAUGAUCAUAGCCCCAACCUCUGGUUUUUAAUUGUUGAAUUUAUACUAAAUAAUUUCUUUGUCAGUUUGAUCCUAAAGAAACACUAGAAUGUGACACUAUUUUGUCUUUUUAGACGCCUAUGGUAAGCUAUGUAAAUGUUCAUGCUAUACUAGAGGGACGAAGAGCUCGUGCCAGAGGUUCUUCAAGCACCGAGUUGGAAUCUUCUCAGGUAUAUUAUUAUGUAUUUUAUAAGAAGCAUGUUGCUAAUAAUAUUCGAUGACCUCUUUUUCUUUAUUUAAGAUGGCUAAUAACACUGAUAGAAAUGAUUGGCGAAAAAUAGUUACUGACACAAACCAAACAAGGAUAAACCGUCAGCAAAAAAAUUAUGUCUUAACAAUUUUUAGAACAAUAUCUUUGUUCACAAAAUUAUGCUAGCCACAAAAAUGGAGAAGUACCUAGGUUAGAUCCCACGGUUUCUUGGAUACCCAACCAACUUGCCACACUCUAUCUCAAGCUAGUGGCUAGGCAUUCUUCAUUCCCAACUUGGAUAUAAUACUCUCAAAUACUGAACCAUUUACUCCCUUAGUGAGUACACCGCAAGUUGGCCAUAUCUAGACACAAGGUAUGAAAAUCAAUCCACUUUCCAACUUCUCUGUGAUGAAGUGUCUGUCUCAUUGCGUUUUUUCGAUUACAUUGCAUAGGGUUGUGAGCAAUGUUGAUUGUAUACUUGUUACCAUAAAAGUCUCAUUUGGCCAUACCGCUUAAUCUUUAGGUCUCCUAAGUAGAUCUUCAUCCAAUGUAGUUCGCACAGACCUUGAGCCAUUGCUCGGAAUUCAACAUCUGCACUAGAUCAUUCCAGCACAUUCUGUUUCUUGCUUCUCCACGUCAUGAGACUGCCACCAGGAAAGGUGCAUCUGUGUUAACCACUGACCUUACAUCAUCAGCAUCGUCUUACUGUAAUACUCAGUGAGCUGCCUGCAGAUGAACUUCGUUUGGACGGUGCAUGAAUUGGGUAAUAACAAUGAGUGGGUAUGCUAUAUCUGGUCGUAUAUGAGAUAGAUAAAUGAGUCUUCCAAUUAGGUGCUGAUGCAUUUCCCUAUCUACCACAGCAUUCUCCUCUGCCUUUCGAAGUCUAAGAUUCGGAUCUAUUAGAGUACUUGCUGGGAUAUAUAUGCAAAAUUAGUUCGGUCUUGCCUGUUUCUCUAAGAAUAUCGAUAACAUACUUCUUUUGGGGAAAUGAAAAUGCCCUGCCUAGUGUGAGCUGCUUUAACCCAAGAAAAUAUUUCAGUACCCUAAUGCUUUCGUUUUCAAUUCCUUUGCCAAACACUGACUCAGAAUGUCAUCAUUAUGUCACCAACGUAUACCAAGAGUACUGACUCCCCCUGAGGAUGAGUGUUUAAUGAACAGCAUGUGAUCCACUUGCCUUUGUCUGUACCCCAUGACAAUCGUAAAGAACAGUGUUUCAUGAGAAACUUUCACUUAUUAUUUUAAUGUUAAAGUGUUGAGAAGGUAGUCUAAGAUAUACCCUAAGUUUUAGAAGUAGAUGCCUGAACUGAACUCCUGUUAACCCUCCAACGGACUGUCCUUGUGAAUGAUGCAACCUAAUGCAAUCUUGUUGUAAUGAAACAAACAUGGCAAGAUCAACUAGCCUGCUUGCAACGAGAAAAUAGUCUAGAGACUCUCAAGAGGGGUACAAAUGAAAAAUUUGAGAGGAGGUUUGGUUUUAGCUCAAGAUUUAGUGACAUCUAAGAUUAAGAAGACAAAUUCAAAGGCCAAAGUGACUGCACCAUGUCAUCAAGAAGAAUGAUAUGUCAGGGAGAAUUGUAUAUUAAUUGGACAAAAAUGAAAAUUUUAAAUGCACAAUCAUUUCUUAAGCAACCAUGCAACUUUGGUAGUGCUUCAUUGGCGGUCCCUGUAGGCAAAAAAGGAAGGCAUUAAGGAAUCUCUUAAAUGUUUAGGAAUAGUUCUUUUAUAGACAGGUAUUAUAAUGGUUACUGGUAGAAUAAUUGAUAACUUUAACUGGCUGCAGACAAGCAGUUUUAGUUGAGAAUACUUCUAAUGGGUUUUUCUGAUAAACUAGGCAGGUCAACAUUUUUUUUUUUUUUUAUGGCUAUUCGUAUUUUAGUUUUCCUCAGAAAUCUGUGUUUGGAUCCUCGAGAUUUUCAGUUCUCAGUUUAUUCUUGUGUUGUCUUUGACUGUGAUGUUGCUAUUUUUAUCCAGGGACCCAGGGUGAUAGUUGUUGGGCCCACAGAUUCUGGGAAGAGUAGCUUGUGUAAGAUGCUUCUGAGCUGGGCAUGUAAGCCGAGUUGGAAACCUACCUUUGUGGAUUUGGAUAUCGGUCAGGGAUCUAUCACUAUUCCUGGAUGCAUAGCUGCCACACCGGUUGAAAUGCCUAUUGAUCCUGUGGAAGGCAUUCCUUUGGAAAAGCCUCUUGUAUAUUUCUACGGACACACAACUCCAAGGUGACAAAUGAUUUCAUUCAUCUUUCAAGUAAAAUCAAUGCUUUUCUAAUUAAUGCUAUUAAAUUACUUGAUAUCAAGAAUGAUGGAAUACUUGUGCAUAUUAUUAUUAUGCACAUUGAAGUUUUCUUUUCUUGAAUGUGACAAGAUUGUGUAAUUGGCAUAUUCAGUAUUAAUGUGGAGCUUUACAAGGUUCUGGUGAAGGAGCUGGCUCAAACCUUAGAGAAGCAAUUUACCAGCAAUGCUGAAUCAAGAGCUGCUGGCAUGGUAAUCAACACAAUGGGAUGGGUAGAAGGUGUGGGCUAUGAGGUAUCUUUUUCAAACCUGGGAUUCAUCUUGUCCAUUUGAUAAUUACUUCUGGUUUCCUUCAGCAUCCUCCAUUAAUUUGUUAUAAAGAAAUGUUCUUAUUACCUCUUUUUUUUUUGUAAAGUUGCUUCUUCAUGCAAUCGAGACAUUCAGGGCUGAUGUAGUUCUGGUAUUGGGACAGGUAAACCGUAUUGAUUUUCUACAGCAUUCAGUGUUUAGUAUAUACUACCACAGUUGCAUAUGAAUUUCUCUGAAAGAGACAUCCUUUUCCGUUGGCAUAGGUAGAUAAAUCUGUCAACGAAAGGCAUAUUUCCAUUUUACUCGUCUGACAAAGGUGAUCUUUUGACUUUAUCUGUUGUGUAUAUAAAUGUUAUGCAGGAAAAACUAUGCAGCAUGCUGAAAGGAGUCAUACAAGGCAAAGACAUCGUGAAACUUCACAAAUCAGGUGGUGUUGUACCAAGGAAUACUAAGUUUCGACAAAGAGCCCGAAGUGCUAGGAUACGGGUAAACUUGUACAACUUCUCCUGUAAACACUGUUUCACCGUAAUGUGUUCUUUGAUGAUGAGCUUGCGUUUUGUAGUGUUCCCUCCAUUCCAAGUACAUUCUGCCUACAGAAGUACUGCUACAGCACCUGAGCAGUAUAUAUACCAUACCUGACUGUUUUUUCAUCGUAUCCAUAUUUUGGGUUGGUUUGGUUUGAUUGGAUUUCCUCCUUUAUUUCUCAUUCUUGACUAACUGUUCUAUAUGCGCAUCUGAUUGACUGAGCCAGACAUCUGACUGGUGGAUCAAAACAUUUGGAGUCAGAUUGUAUGCCCGUCAGGCUAGCAUUUUCAUUGUUUUUAUCAUGAAUGCCAUCGUUUCCUUUGUCAGCUUGAAUUUACUAGGAACAAAUAAGAGGUUAUAAUGAUAAGCAUGUUUUCUAUCCUUUUCUUCGCUUUCUGCUGUUAAUAGGCUACCAUAGGAUCGUCUCUCUCUUUUUUUAUGACUCUUGAUUAGUAACAUGCUUUCGAUCUUUCCUUUUCUGCCAUAAAUGUCUUUGACGUUGUUUAGGUCUAUAUGUAAGGUCAUUUAAUAUUUGUGGUUUGACUCUCUAAGCGUCAAGUUUUAUGAUAAAGUAGUGCUUUUGUACUCGUUUGUUUAAUAAUGAAGUUCAAGUACUAUAUAUAUAUUGUUCCAAUUGUCAUGUGCACAUUAUUUCUCCUCAUCAUGAUAUUGAUGGGAAGUGGCCCUAGAGAUGAAGGUACGGAUGAUCUGAUUAUGCAGCAGGAUAGGGUAACUGGAUCAGUUUGAUCGACCAAUCCUAUGUCAACAGCUAUUCAGAUACCUGGCUAUGGCAUUUAAGUAUUGAGGCCCAAUAUAUGAGUCAUUUUGUGUGGCUGAGUGGAGCAGACUUCGUUGGACUGCUCAGUCUUGGUAUGGCUCACAACGAAUUGGCUUAAUUAGGAUGAGUCUGGAUGAUUUGAUCCCAGAAUCUACCAACCCAGGGCAUCAUAUUAUCAAAAUGUACGUGAAGCAGGAUUUAAUUUCCCCUCAGAAACUGAUCAGGAGUUGAUGACUGGGAUUGGCUUAUUUCUUCACACCCUGCUAAAAGUGCUUAUCUUCUAGUACCAUUUUCUGACCAUAUGGAAUUUGUAAACACAAUUGUUUUGAUGGAUGGCAAGGGAGGGGUGUUAAGAAUCAGCUACUUAACUCUUCGUUUAGUAAAUCUUUCAGGCCUUUAGGCAGACUUUGGGAACACAAUGGAUGAGUAUAUUAAAAAUGCUUGGUAUGAAGGAUAGAAAUAGAACACAUGAAAUUGCAAAGACAUAGAUACGUGGAAUGGGCACGGAAUUUAUUUAUAUCACCUUCAAUUCUCGCAGGAGUACUUUUAUGGGCUUUCAAAUGAUCUCUCUCCACAUUCAAGUAUAGCAAGCUUCAGUGAUUUCUCAAUCUUCCGAAUUGGGGGUGGUCCACAAGCUCCCCGUUCGGCCCUUCCUAUAGGUGCUGAGCCUGCAGCUGAUCCUACCCGUCUUGUCCCCAUAAAUAUAAAUGCAGACCUCCUGCAUUCAAUUCUUGCUGUUUCGUAUGCCAAGGAGACUGAUCAGAUAAUUUCUAGGUAAGCAGUUCAUUGGUUAAAUUUUUAUACUUUUCAGAUACUUGCUUCUUUUCCUUUAUUUACAUCAACUUGCUUGUACGGAUGGAUGUAGAGUUAGAUAAAAUGGUAAACUGGGCUGGAACUUUGUAAUCCAAGGAUAAGAAAUUCAACGUCUCUUCUUUUAAAAGAAGCUUGUAUAAACGUGGAAAAGAAUGAUAUUUUUUUAAUGAAGUGCAACAUUGUAACAAAAAUAGGGAGGCCCAAAAGAUGAAGCCCAAAAUGCUGUAAACGGUGAAAUAUGAAUGCUCAAAAUACAGCAGUCCAUUUUUCUAGGAUAUCUUUGCUUUUAUUUAGCAUUUCUUGCUGCUUAUUUCCUUUUUUCCAGGUGGUCCCUUGUUUUUUGCAGUAGUUGUCGGUAGUUCCUACUCUCUAGAAAAUCCAUAAUAGGUUCUUCAUAUUUUGAGAAAAGAGAGCUGCACAAUGCCCUUUUUUGGCCAAUAUUAAUUUCGCUCUCCUCAAGAUUUAAGGUUUUUCUCUACCUUCUUUGGAUGAAGGUAGAGCAAAUCGUUUCGUCAAAGCAUGAAGGAGCGCCUUUCAGUGAUUAAAGUUGCAGUAAUGCAGUAAUGUACGUGAACAUUUGAUUUUUUUUCUAAUUGGAGACUUUGUCCUUCUAUUUGCAAAGAGAGAGAUUUUAAGUUAGCAGAUAGAACAAGCCAAUGCAAGAAAAUGUAGGCUUUACAAGGAUGCCACAAAGGUUUGACGGCGUCAUUUCUCUGAUCAUCAGGUCAUGAGCACACGGACACUGUCUCAAAAUUUAUUAUUGCUGACUUAUAUGAGUUAUCUACCCUUACGAAAAGACUUUAGAUUGGGUUCUUUUCUACGAAGGGAGAAUAAGAACCAAAUAAAGAAAUAAGAAAGCCCAGAAAGUGAAGCCAUGUAGGUCUGAGAGGAUUGAAAUAUGAAAGGCUUGAAGAGCUUUUUACAUUAUGAGUUUCCUAGUUUUUAGAUAUGUUCUAGGAACGUAGACUAAGCUCUUUAUUUUUGAAGAAUAAAGAAAUCUUGAAGCAUAUGUGUUCACUUGGAUCCAUCUUGUUCUCUGUUUCUUUGUAGAUUCAAAGUGUUUCCCUAUACACGAAACUCGAGAUUGAGUUCUUUUUUACGAAGGGAGAUUAAUGUAAACAAAAACCAUAUAAAAAAAAAAGCUUAAAAAGUGGAGCCAUGUAGGCCUCAAAGGAUUGAAAUGUGAAAGGCAUUAGGGGAAAUCUUGAAGCAUAUGUGUUCACUUUGAUCCAUCUGGUUCUCUGGUUCUUUGUGGGGAAAUCAGUGUUCACAUUUUCUCUCUUCUUCUGUUACAUUAUUUUCUUUUGUUCAUCGGAUCCAGAGGUGAUGUAUCCCUGAUCCUGAGGACAAUUCUCGACGCUAGGCAAUGAAAUAUAUUGUACACUAUUGUAGCUGCUCCUUGGGCACGACAGCUAGUCAACCCAUUUGGGAGGGCUGGAAAUUGCUUCUGGGUCCUCAUAGAUUCUUUCUGAUGGCCGCAUAAAAUCAGUAUCUUGUCGGCUAUGAAAUAGAGAAGAAAGUUGACACUUGGGUUGAUAUUUCUAGGGUUUUGCUUCAUAUGAUCCGCUCAGCAGAGCUUCAGGCAGUAGUGGCCUCGCUGCUGCUGAAACCGUUGGUUACUGCUUUAGCUAGUCCUAAGAUAUUAUGGAUAUGACAAGUUGGUUUGCUGGUGUGGCUGAUUCUGUCUGUUGCUCGUCAUUGUAUGUCUCAGCAACGUCGCGGGUUUUAUAUUUGUCACGGAUAUCGACAUUCAAAGGCAUGCUCUCUCUCUCUCUCUCUCUCUCUCUCUCUCUCUCUCUCUCUCUCUCUCUCUCUCUCUCUCUCUCUCUCUCUCUAUCUCUCUCUGUUCCUUUUCUAUUUCGUCACCUUAUAUAAGACAUGGGUUUUAUUUCCAUGGGUGAUUAUUGGACAGGAAGAAGAUCACUUACCUAGCGCCAUGCUCUGGUGAUCUCCCCAGCAGAUUUCUGUUAGCCGGAACAUUGGCUUGGUCUGAAAGCUGA